AAAAGUUGUUUGUUAAACAAAUGCUUGUAAAUUAAUCUGUUUUAAAUAGCCAGUUUAAUGUUAAUUAGUUUAUAACUAAGCAGCUAAGUUUAUUGUUUUGAAUGUUAUGCUGGCCAACUCAAAGCUAGAUAUCUUAGAGCGAAGCUAAGAAUUUCAUCGAUGCAUAAACAGCUUACAGAAAAGAACCAAAGCUGAUUGUUGCAAAAUGUCGGAUGAAGGGAGCCAGACCGGCAACACAACGUCAAAAGAAAGGAAAACACUUUGGUACUCCAUUGAAGAAAUCGGACAGGAAGGAUCAUGUCCGAGCUGCGGCAUAGUUACUUUUCACUUGAAGAACGUCUUAUCGCAUGUUAAGCGUUGUUUUAGCAUCAAGAAGGUUGGACCCAUCUAUAGACUCUAUGGCUACACAGAGUGUAAAUGCGGAAUUCUCUUGGCUAACAGUGAGAAGGCCAAAAAACUUCAUCAUUGCGCAGGUGAGGUGCCUGCGUUUGAGUUUGACAUGAAUUCUUUACGUAAAUCAGUUAUACCGCCAACGUUUGCACACAAACCCAAAAAUGUGUCACGUGAGCCGCUCCAACCCAAGCCUUGGAUACGCAACUUUGUGUCUCCGCUAAAGAUAAACGUGGAUAAUAUGCAGGAUAGUUCACAGCCAGCACCAUAUGUGCGUAAUUUUGACAUAUGCACGAACAAACAGGAACCUCAGGAUGUCAGUGUCUACUCCAUAAGUUCAAAUAACGGCGCUAUACUCGUUAGGGGUAUGAAGCCAUCGAUCACAGAUACUGAUGAGAUUGUGAUUAAGAAACGUGCGCUUCGAUUGCCCACACUCAAGGAAGGUAAAGGCAGCUAACAUGCGCAUUUAUGCAUUUAUAUUUAUAUUUAAAGGAAA